AUGUGGUCCAUAGAAUCCAUUUUGUGCAAAAAUGAAGAGCAUCCAGAACGCAUUAAAUACUUUAUCGGCCCAUGCUACAAUCUAAAGCACAAAGUCUUAUCUGCCUUAUGCAAAUUCAGAUUAUCGUACUCAUCCAUGGCAGUCAAUAGGGAAACGUACGAACCUGAGGAAGGCAAACUCCCGAUAGAACUUGAUGAUUCCUCGUUCGAUCUCAUUGCUGAUGCAAAAACUCUCCCAGGCGGCGGAUUUGACGCUGUCGGCUCGGAUAACGAGUACAGGGUAGAACCAUUCAUGUCACCGACAACGCCGACAUAUACUCCAUCCCGACUGGCGAUGAGCAAUAGUGAUAGCGAGAUAUCUUCAAGCAGUCCUGAAUGCCAAACUCAUGAAGAAAAGCGAAUGCGAGUGGAUUUACAAGCUUUUGCAAAAGGGAGUGCGUUAUCACCCGAGACUUUUGAGAGAAAUAAGGAGAGGGUUUUUUCCAGCGGAGAUGAAGAAGAGCGGAACGAAAGGAGUGAUUUAGAGGAGAAUGAGAAGGCGAAGGAGGAGAAGGCUGAUGCUGACUUCGAAGGCUUCGACGGGGAUGAGGAAGGGGCCAAGGGCAUGAUCGCAGACAUCUUUGGCGAGAGUGAUGCUGAGGAAGAAGGAGAUUUCGAGGGUUUUGCGGAAAAUGAAGUUGAGAAGGAAGCGGCCGUUUCCUCAGCAGCUAGCAUUGCUGCCGUCGAAAUUAUAAAGGACGAGGUGCAUCAUCAUCAUCAGCCCCGGGAACAAGCAACAAGCGAUAAUGAUGAUGAUGAUGAGGGCGAAGGGUUCAUUUCCGACUUCGAUCGAUUUAUGAGUCGUCGGCGUGAAGAGACGCGUCGACGAAGACGGCUGGGUAGGGAUGAAGAGUUUCUCAACGACAAUGAUGAGAUUAUCCGCGAAACUGUUAGUAAAAUGAAAAGUGCCGCGGAUGAGGAUCGUCGUCUCCUGUCAAAAAAUAGGCCUGCCACAAAGAAAUUGAGCAUGCUGAAUGUUGUUAGUAAUUUGCUUAUAAGGGCCGGCAUGAAGCCUGCUCUGAUUGACAAUGGCAUUCUCGGUGCUAUCACUGAGUGGCUUUCUCCCGUUUCCGGUCAUGUAUUGCCCAGUGUUACCAUCAGGGAAACUCUUUUGCGACAUCUUAGCGAAUUUCAUAUUCAGGACCCGGACCUGUUACGUGAUUCAGGCAUCGGCAAGGCUGUUAUGUACCUAUACAAGCAUCCAAGGGAGACGAGAGCCAAUAAGAUGCUCGCGGGUCACCUGAUCAAUGAGUGGUCGAGACCAAUUUUCAAUUUAACCAGUGAUUACGGAUCCCUUACGAGGGAGGAGCGGAAGCAGCUGGACCUUGAACAUCUUCCGAAACGCCGUAAUCUUAGAAAAGAAGGAGUGGACAACAUUGAUGUGAAUCAGAAGUCCUCUGACAACCAAAUUCCCCUGCGGCCGGGUGACCCGGGUUGGGUGAACCGGGCUCGUGUUCCGCAACCCUCGAACAAAGACUAUGUGAUACGACCCAAGUGGAAUGUACCUACCAACUCUUCUACAUUUGAAGAGGGGGACACAGACGACGUCUAUGAUAACGAGGAAGGCAGAGAGAGGGAUGGGGCCCGUUCUGCACGAAAACGACGACUUCAGCAAGCGCAACCCCCCGGAGGCGCCUCUAGUCGCAUAGAGAGGCACAUUCGUGCACUGGCGAAGAACGCAGCCGUACGGAGGAAAACCCGCUUCGUCCGCGCGGUCCCCAUGUCCGUGGAAGGCAGAAAUAUGUCCCUCUGA